UCAUAGCAUCGAUAAAUAGGUCGAUUAAAUUAUUGAUAUUUAUCUGAAAAUAAUAUAUUUAAUAUAUUUACAGAUUAGUUUAUAAAUGUAUCUAAAACCUUUUAUAUAAUUGAAUUUACUUUAACCGAAUUAGUGACUGAGGAUGUACAAGAUGAAGCCGCAUUUGUAUUGAUGCAAUCAGACGAUGGUAAAACUAUCACUGAUCCGAAAUCAUUGAUUUUUUCAAAACGCUGAUUUUUUUCCGUUAUGAUUUUUACAUUUUUCGAAAUUUCUAUUUCAAGACAAACUUGAGUAAGCCGACGAAUUUCACGUUCCACCGCUUCAAAUAGAUUAGAACUGUAUAAUAGAUAAUAAAGUAUAAGUAAUUAUAGAACAUUUCAUCGUACGUGCUAAUUAACGCGAAAUACAAUUUACCUUCCGCUUGAAUUCGUUGGUAAAAAGAAGUGGUAUUGUUGGACUUGAUAAUGUCCCUUGUUCGUUUUCUACAAUAAAUGAAUUUCAGGAAGAUAAUUACCGUUAAAAAAGUAAAAUAAUUUUUAUAUCGUCCAACUAAAUUUUAAUAAAUUAAACUUACUUGCAAUUGUCCGAACCCAAGAAUAAGACCAUUGCUCGACCAUAAAAUUUUCUCAACUUUUGAUGUCGAAUUAUUAACAGAAUUUGAUGCUAUCAUGUAUGCUGAAAAAUGUUAACCGGUAAACAAAUAAAAAAGAUCUUUUGAUAUUUAAAUUAAAUUCAAAUUUGACAUACCUUGAAAUUUGACGAAUGAUCCAUUCAAAACGACGUUUAUUGUAGUAGUGCCAGGAUACAAAUAAAUACUGAUGUUUUUGUAUUUAAUUAACAAUUCAUUACCGUAUAUAUUAACUUUAUUGCGAUCCGAAACUUGGACUUGAAAAUUUUCCGGUAUUCUACAUACUAAAAUAUCUUUAUAUUAAUUUCAUGUUGUUAAUUUACGUUGCGAAUAUCGGACGUGAAACGGACAAAUAGGGUACGAUAAAAUUAAAGCUUAGAAACAUAGUUAGGCAUAUUAAAUCGUGCCGUUAUAUAUUAAUAAAAAGUUAAACGUGUGCUAUCAUGUAAUCGACUGCAAUUAUAUUCUUUCUUUACGCUAUAAUAUUAAAGUUAGGAAAUAUUUCGUUGUUACACGUUUAUUAUGACUAGAACAGAAAUAAUAUGAUCAAAUUUGUUUUAUUUUAAUGGAAAUCUCUUUGUGAAAUAAUGAAUUCAAUUUUUUACUCGAAAAUUUACUCUACAAUCCUUUCUACCUUUCUAGAACUGUAAUGGUCCGUUUGAAUUAUAAUUUUUACAUAUUUUAUUACAUUUUAUAACGUUUUUCUAAACUAGUUACACCAGUUUUCUUCUAAAAGUUCUUUUUUAUUUAUUUAUUUAUUUAUUUAUUUCUUUUUUAUAAGCAACCGUCAACAACAAGCUGGAAGAGAAAGAAGAAAAAAAAACAGAUAGAUAAUAAGAACUUUUUAUUUCUAUUCUAUCAGCAAAAUAUUUUGUUUAUAUUGAUAAUCGUACUCAUAUCUCAUACGAACAUCCUAUCCACUACUUUCCACUCUUGGAAAAAAAUGUGCGUAUGUAUAUAUCUAUGUAUGUAUGUAUGUAUGUAUGUAACUAUAUACGAUGGAAAGUUGUUGGAGUCUUACGAGUUUAUUUAUUUACUCGACUAGUUUUUAUUUGUGUGCGUUCAGUGCUCUUUAGAAAGAGAGUUACUACGUUUAGUAUCCUCGUAAGAAUGAUGAAGGAAGAAUGAAAAAUUAAUGCUCGUUCUAAUCAAGUUUCUUAAAAGGAUUGUCUAAUGAAAUUCAUUAUAUAUUACUGUUCCGUACGAGACUACGUAUUCGAGCGUGUACCGUUCAGGUAUUACGACACCGUUUGCAAGAGUUCUUCAAUUCCGCGAUGGUAUUAGCAUGAGAACUUUCGAUUGCGCUGGGUCCUUCCCGUUGCCUUUAGAAAGGGGCAAUUGAUAAAUUAGACUAGAAAGUCAACAAGGACCGAACGGACGGAAUAUUUUAUUUAUAUAUGAAACUAUAUGCACUCGUUCUUCUCGUCCUCGUGGCAACGGCAACGUUAGCCACCGAGACGAAGAAGCCAUUAAAGAAGGAGGCCAUCGAUAGCAAGGACGCAAAGAGUAAGAGAGGAUUGGAAUUAAGUUUGGGUCAUGGCUUCGGCGACUUUGGCGGGCACGAAGGACUUGGCGGCGGAUUGGGAGGAGGCCAUGGAGGAGGCUUCGGAGGAGGCGGAUUGGGAGGAGGUCAUGGAGGAGGCUUUGGAGGAGGCGGAUUUGGCGGUGGCGGUGGUUUAGGAGGUGGCGGUGGAUUGGGAGGUGGCGGUGGACUGGGAGGUGGCGAUGGAGGACGCAUAAGUUCUAUAACGAUCCAUCGAGAGGUUCAAGUACCAGUACCUGCACCAUAUCCGGUCGAGAGGAAUGUACCGGUUCCGGUGGCGGUGCCAGUGAAGGUCCCGGUUGAUCGUCCUUAUCCCGUGCACGUGCCUAAACCUUACCCAGUGCCCGUGGAAAAGCAUAUUCCGGUGCCAGUUGAAAAACCGGUACCAGUGCCGUUCAAGAUUCCCGUAAAGGUGCCCGUCAAAGUACCAUACCCGGUGAGCGUACCUGUAAAGGUACCUUUCCCUGUACAAAAGGAAGUACCUUACCCGGUUAAGGUCCCCGUUGUCGUCAAAGAAUCUUAUCCAGUACUCGUCCAAGGAGGAGGAGGAGGAGGAGGUGAUGGUGGUGGCUACGGUGGCGGCUAUGGUGGCGGCCAUGGCUACGGAGGAGGUGGCUUUGGAGGUCACGGCUUGGAGAUUUCCGAUUUUGGUGGAUUGCAUCAUCGACGAUGAUAUUCUUGACCAUGACCGUCGAGACCAGUCUACGCCAGCGAUUAUCAUCUUGUAUAUAAUUCUAGUAUUCCCUUCUUUCAAUUCCUUUUGCAUACCAACAGAUGCGCUAUUCUCUUUCUCUCUCUCUCUCUUUUUCUCUCUUUCUCUUUCUUUCUUUAUUUUUUUUUAUACGCGGAAGUCUUUAGAUUAAUUGCGAAAUAAAAUAAAUUAUUUUAUA